AUGGCUCUGGUCCAGGUGGUCAAGCUGCUGCUGCUGUUAUGUCUUCUCAUCCCAGUGGUCAUGGUCCUUUACAGUCGCCAUUGGAACUUCACCUUUGCCUUCGUCCACAGCCAGCAGAACCCCAGUUCCAGCACAGGUACUCAGUCUGACCUGGUCCAGGUGUCCACCGUCCCCAAAGAGCAAAAGGAAGGGGUGAACAAAUGUCCUGAAACACCUCCGCUGCUCGUGGGUCCUCUGAGGGUGGAGUUCAACAUGGCGGUGAGUCUGGAGCUUGUGAAGGCGAACAAUGUGAACCUGGAGCCGGGCGGACGCUACAAGCCCAAAUACUGCCAGGCGCGUCAGAAGGUCGCCAUCAUCAUCCCGUUUCGCAAUCGAUACGAGCACCUCAAGUUGUGGCUGUACUACCUGCACCCCAUCCUGCAGCGCCAGCAGCUGGACUAUGGAGUCUACGUCAUCAACCAGGCCGGAGACGAGCUCUUCAACCGAGCCAAGCUGCUGAACGUGGGCUACACGGAGGCGCUGAAGGACGAGGACUACAAGUGUUUUGUCUUCAGCGACGUGGACCUGAUCCCCAUGGACGACCGCAACAUGUACCACUGUUUCCCUCAACCUCGACACUUGGCCGCCUACAUUGACAAGUUCGGCUUCAGGUUACACUACGAGCAUGCUUUUGGGGGCGUGUCCUCCAUGUCCAAGGAACACUUCCUGACCAUCAACGGCUUCCCCAACAACUACUGGGGGUGGGGGGGCGAGGACGAUGAUGUCUACAACAGACUGGCGUCCAAAGGAAUCUCAAUCACCAGGCCGAGCGUCGCGGUGGGAAAAUAUAAGAUGAUUCGACACCAAAGAGACAAACACAACGAGUCCAACCCUCGGCGGCUUGAGCAGUUAUCUCACACUCAAGACACGAUGGACAAGGAUGGCAUCAAUUCUCUGUCCUACAAGCUGCUGUCCAGACAGACCCUGGACCUCUUCACACAGAUCACAGUGGACAUCGGAAAACCCUGA